AACGAUCACCGCACAGGAUGUGUUCCUCCGAUUCCUCGUUCCUCUCUGCUCCUUUGGAGGAUUGUAAAAGCUGCGAAGCGGGGAAGUUGGUGGUGGUUGUGUGUGUGUGAAGUAGUAGGUUUGAGGAUGAGCGACGCAGACCUUGAAGAAAUAACUGCUCUGAAAGAAUUUGAAUGGUUACUCCACGAAGAGGUUAAUGUCACACUAGAACAACUGCAGAGCAUUAUACUGGAAUGUUCGAAACGUUUCCCCUUGUCGUUCCCUGGGGUGGAGAACACUGUGAAGUCUGAAAAGUUCGUUAUGACCGGAUCCAGUUCAUCAACUCCAGAUCAGAUCAAAGUCGUCGUCACUUUAGCAGCAGAUAACGUUAGCCAUGCUGACAUAAACUUGCGCAUUCCGAAGCACUCUAUGCCAAACCACAGAACAAUCGUACAGAAUGAUUGCCAAUGGAAACUGCAGCAGGUUCAAGAUGCUGGUAACCAUCUAAUUCAAGCCCUGAACCUACUGACUCCCUGUUCAACUACUGGUCAUUUUGAGUUUCAAUCAGCCGAGGAAGUAACUCAGAUGAUGAACACAGUCAUGGGAUGUCUUCAGAGGGGGAGAGCAUGCCUCAUCAUCCCCAAGAAACGAACAAUAGACGAAAUCAUGAAGAGCCGAAACAUGAAAUCUCUUCAACCUCCACUCCCAAACGAUGUGGCAGUGAGCUUCUACGUUCAGUCCCAUAAGCUGAUAUUUGCGGUGUACCACAUUCAGAAGGACUCGCAUGGGCAGGUCAAGUUUGACGUCUUUCAGGCCGAAACAUCCAUACCGUGGCUCAGCGAAGUGCUCGUUCUAUUCACCGUUGCCUUACAGCUCUGCCAACAGCUGAAAGACAAGAUUGGGGUGUUCUCUCAAUACAAGGAUUUCCAUAUGCCAUAACAGGCCAGCGUGGAAUACCAGCGCUGCACUUAAUCUUAAGAGUGAAUACCGACUAGUCACGAACAGAGGCAUGAUACUUAUACUCGACAGAAUAUUGUGCGUCGCAGAUGCAAUCUUGUGUUUGUGACCUCGUUACAUAAGCCACUGUGUGCCAGUGAUAGUAGUGAUAUCUGUGUGUACCAUCCAUUUCCUCAUAGAAUUCUCUGGGGAAAGUUUACAAAUACAAUCAUAAGUGUUUCGAGUCUAUAGACGGAAAGAAUUCAGUGAAUGUGUCAUGUAGAUGAGUGUUCUUUCACGUAGGAAGCUGGUGUGUAAUCUGUUUGGUGCACACUGUGUCACUUUUUGUCUGUACCAAGAAAUGUCGGCCAUUCAAGAAGCGGCAGAUCGGUCAAUGAAGAAUUGCAUGCUACAAUGAUAGGAAGUAGGCUUUAACAUAUCUAUUUUUACAGCAAUAACAGCCCCCUCUAGACUUACAAACUUGUUCAAGUGCUGAGUGGGUGACAUGGCCUGAUGUGCUUUCCACAUAGUUUUUUUUGCAAAUACAUUCCACGUAUAUUGUGUACAUUACAGAGUGCAUGUCACAUAGCUACCAGAGGGCAAUCGCAAUGUUCUAACACGGGCUGUUCCCAUGCAAUCAUAAAAGAAAGGCUUUAUCUGAAGUUGGCAUGACAACACGUUUUUGCAUCUACCACAGCAUCCUUUACCUUUUCAUGGUUGUAUCUUCCGAAACUGCUCUAUGGAUUAUCUACAUGUGUACACGUAACAUUUUACUCAGUGCUUGUGGACCCCCAUUGAGGGACUUACUGCAGGUAGCUCAAGACAAAUAUCUUGGUCGCCAGGCAAGAAUGUUGUAGUUGGAACGUGAUGAAUAUAACAGAAGCAAUUACUUAUGUGCCAUCAAUCAUAAUUACUAUGUUAGAUGAUUGUUUCUGCCUGCGGUUACUGAUUUAUUACCUUUUAUGGGGGCAGUUGUGAAGAUUGAGUCAGAUGUAAUUCUGCAUAUGGUUCGUGCUUGGUCAUCCUAUGCUGGAAAUUUGCAUCAAGUGAUAUGUUUGCUUGCCCUAGUCAAACUGCACGUUAUUUAUUGUACUUAGUACUUUAUUAAAUUUUAUUAAAAUGCCAAAUUCCUUACUCUGCUGCCAAGGCAUGCAGCUUUUGAGGUUUCCAUACUUGUAAAACUUCAUUUUCUAGCAGAAUACUCAAGGUCAAAAAUCGUAGUCGGCUACACUCUGCUUCAAAUACUCCUGGUAAAGUUGUUGCUGAAAUAAAAAGUUUUACGUUAGA